AUGGAGCAGGCCAAGGGAGUGGAUUGGACGGUUAUCAUCCUGACAUACCAGUACAAGGACAGUGUGGAGGUCUUCCAGAAAGAGCUGGAGGUGCGGCAGAAACGAGAGCAGAUCCCCGCCGGGACUUUGCUGCUGGCCGUGGAGGACCCUGAGACGCGCGUGGGCAGCGGCGGAGCCACCCUCAACGCCCUGCUGGUGGCUGCCGAACACCUGAGCGCCCGGGCGGGCUUCACCGUGGUCACCGCGGAUGUGCUGCAGUCGGCCCGGAUCCUCAUCCUGCACAUGGGCCGGGACUUCCCCUUCGAUGACUGUGGCCGUGCCUUCACCUGCCUCCCCGUGGAGAACCCCCAGGCCCCCGUGGAGGCUCUGGUCUGCAACCUGGACCGCUUGCUGGACAUCAUGACCCAUCGGCUGGGCCCGGGCUCCCCGCCCGGCGUGUGGGUCUGCAGCACCGACAUGCUGCUGUCCGUGCCUCCCAACCCAGGGAUCAGCUGGGACGGCUUCCGGGGAGCCAGAGUGAUCGCCUUCCCAGGAACCACAGCCUACGCCCGGAACCACGGCAUCUACCUCACCGACGCCCAGGGCUUCGUCUUAGACAUUCACUACCAGGCCGGCGAGGCGGACUUGCAGCGGUGCGCCAGGCCCGAUGGGCGGGUGCCACUGGUCUCCGGAGUCGCCUUUUUCUCCGUGGAGACCGCCGAGCACCUCCUGGCCACUCACGUGAGCCCACCCCUGGACGCCUGCACCUACAUGGGCUUGGACUCUGGAGCCAGGCCUGUCCAGCUGUCUCUGUUUUUCGACAUCCUGCUGUGCAUGGCCCGGAACGUGAGCAGAGAGGCCUUCCUGGCGGGGCGGCCUCCGGAGACGGGGCGCAGCGACGCCGACAUCGAGGGCUAUCUCCGGGUCGCUCGGGCCACGCUGUGGCGGGAGCUCCGUGACCAGCCCCUCACCAUGGCGUAUAUCCCCGACGGCAGCUACAGCUACAUGACCACCUCGGCCAGCGAGUUCCUGCUCAGCCUCACGCUUCCUGGGGCUCCCGGGGCCCAGGUUGUGCACUCUCAGGUGGAGGAGCUGCAGCUGCUGGGAGCUGGGAGCUCUGUGGUCAACUGCCUGCUGGAGGGCGCCGUCCGGCUGGGCGCCGGGAGUGUCCUGCAGCACUGCCACCUGCAGGGCCCCAUUCACGUCGACACCGGUUGCUUUGUGAGCGGCCUGGACGCGGCCCAGUCGGAGGCGCUACGGGGCUUGGAGCUGCGCGAUCUGGUCCUGCGGGGGCACCAGGUGCGGCUGCACGGAGCCCCUGUGCGUGCCUUCACCCUGGUGGGACGCCUGGACAGCUGGGAAAGGCAGGGGACAGGAACAUACCUCAACAUGCCCUGGGAUGAGUUCUUCCAGAAGACAGGCAUUCGAAACUGGGACCUGUGGAACCCGGACACGCCCCCCACGGAGCGCUGUCUCCUCAGCGCCCGCCUCUUUCCCGUGCUCCACCCCUCGAGGGCCCUGGGGCCCAGGGACAUGCUGUGGAUGCUGGACCCCCAGGAGGACGGGGGCGAGGCCCUGUGGGCCUGGCGGGCCUCCUGGCGCCUGUCCUGGGAGCAGCUGCAGCCCUGCCUGGACCGCGGCGCCACCCUGGCCUCCCGCCGGGACCUGUUCUUCCGCCAGGCCCUGCACAAGGCGCGCAGGGUGCUGGAGGCCAGGCGGGACCUCAGCCUGCGCCCGCUGAUCCGGGCCGCCGUCCGCGAGGGCCGCCCCGGGCUCCUGCUGGCCACGCUGGACCAGGUGGCAGCGGGUGCAGGAGACCCAGGCGUGGCGGCCCGGGUGCUGGCCUGCGUGGCAGACGUCCUGGGCUGCAUGGCAGAAGGCCAAGGUGGCUUACGGAGCGGGCCGGCUGCCAAUCCCGAGUGGGUCCGGCCCUUCUCGUACCUGGAGUGCGGAGACCUGGCUGGGGGCGUGAAGGCCCUCGCCCAGGAGCGGGACAAGUGGCUGAGCAGGCCGGUCCUGUUAGUGCGAGCUGCUCGCCACUACGAGGGGGCCGGGCAGAUCCUGAUCCGCCAGGCCGUGAUGUCCGCCCAGCGCUUUGUCUCCACGGAGCCUGUGGGGCUGCCGGCCCCCGGGCAGUGGGUGGUGGCCGAGUGCCCGGCUCGCGUGGAUUUCUCUGGAGGCUGGAGCGACACGCCGCCCCUGGCCUACGAGCUGGGGGGGGCGGUGCUGGGCCUGGCUGUGCGAGUGGACGGCCGCCGGCCCAUCGGGGCCAGGGCGCGCCGCAUCUGGGAGCCCGAGCUGUGGCUGGCGGUGGGGCCUCGGCAGGACGAGAUGGCCAUGAAGAUAGUGUGCCGGAGCCUGGAGGACCUGAAGGACUACUGCCAGCCCCACGCUCCAGGGGCCCUGCUGAAGGCGGCCUUCAUCUGUGCGGGGAUCGUGCACGUCAGGUCCAAGCUCUCGCUGAGCGAGCAGCUGCUGCGCAGCUUCGGGGGCGGCUUCGAGCUGCACACCUGGUCUGAGCUGCCCCACGGCUCUGGCCUCGGCACCAGCAGCAUCCUGGCGGGCACCGCCCUGGCCGCCCUGCAGCGGGCCGCGGGCCGGGAGGUGAGCAGGGAGGCCCUGAUCCACGCAGUGCUGCACCUGGAGCAGGUGCUCACCACAGGAGGCGGCUGGCAGGACCAAGUGGGUGGUCUGAUGCCCGGCAUCAAGGUGGGGCGCUCGCGGGCUCAGCUGCCGCUGAAGGUGGAGGUGGAGGAGGUCGCUGUGCCUGAGGGCUUCGUCCAGACGCUCAAUGACCACCUGCUCCUGGUGUACACCGGCAAGACCCGCCUGGCGCGGAACCUGCUACAGGAUGUGCUGAGGAGCUGGUAUGCCCGGCUGCCUGCCGUUGUACAGAACGCCCACAGCCUCGUGCGGCACACGGAGGAGUGCGUGAAAGCCUUCCGCCAAGGAAGCCUGCCUCUGCUGGGCCAGUGCCUGACCUUGUACUGGGAGCAGAAGAAGCUCAUGGCUCCCGGCUGUGAGCCCCUGGCUGUGCGGCGGAUGAUGGAUGUCCUGGCCCCCCACGUGCAUGGCCAGAGCCUGGCAGGGGCAGGCGGCGGGGGCUUUCUCUAUCUGCUGACCAAGGAGCCAAAGCAGAAGGAGGCUCUGGAGGCCGUGCUGGCCAAGACUGAGGGCCUCGGGAACUACAGCGUCCACCUGGUAGAAGUGGACACGCAGGGCCUGAGCCUGCAGCUGUUGGGGAGUGAGAACUCAACCUGA